AGCCAUAUGAAGUUAACGUACUAACAAAGAUGGCGUAGGCAGUGGCCUGUAGAUGUUCUAUUUCACCAAAUCCACAUCAUAGAGAUCAGUGUUAGUCAGACUCCAAAACAAACAAAUCCGUGUCAUUAAAAAACCUAUUUUGAAUUUCGCCACUGGAAUUUGACUUGGGGAAUCCUAAUUAUCCUACGUAACUUGCUUCUUGAGACCUGCUGCUGCUGGUAAGGUCAAAGAAUAAGGAUUUCAACUGUUUUGACAUUUGGGUUCAUAGCCCACGGAGAUUUAAUUUGAUAGAUCUGUGCUGAGUCCGUUUAUGGUGGCCAGGCGGCUUCACACCUUUUACCAAUCCGGGAAAUUCUUCAUUUAAAAUUGCUACGCCAGUCUCACCACAGGUGGCCACUUCAAUGGGAUCACAUGAAGUAUUCUUAACAAAGAUGGCGGCAGUUCCUAAUGCUGGUGAAACACUUGACUCUGCCCUCAAGAAUGCCAUAAUUCCCGAUCAAGAGUUCCUACUACAGGGCUCUGUUCUGGAUUCAUCACUCAACGUCGUGCUCGAUAGACUUCGUGGACUCUGUGACAACGCUGAUGUGCCACCAGAAACAUUUCGUGAUCACGAGGCCGUUUAUGUUCUCAAAGAUUUCUCUGCUACUCCCUCCCCCGGGCCAGCAUCUCAAGGAGUUAUGUUGAGGGUUAGACGUGCAACAGACCAUCCAGAUCUACCUUUCCAGCUGCGAUAUGUUGGAUACCCGGAAUUAGGCAAUUAUCCAGCAGUUCUACGCAAUUGUUUGGACGUUCCAGUUUCCAAUAAUGUUUGUGAAUUUUUGCAAGAACUAGGUGCUAAGCCUGACCAUGAAUUUAUUGCUAAAGGUUACAUUUUAAAGAAAGGUCGAAUAAAAGUGACAGUGUUCAAAAUGUAUAAAAUAGCUGCAUCUGGUAUGUCCAACAUGUCGAAAGACAGUCUAGAGCCAAUUUCAAUGUCUCACAUGGUAGAACUUAGUGUGCUGACAACCAAAACAGACUUGUCUGUGGCUGAUGAUCUCCGUAACUUGGCAGAUCAGCUGAAGCCAUUAGUACAGUUGGAGAGAGUUGAUUAUCGACGCCUGUAAGUCAAGUUUGCUGUGUGAAUUCACUGUUUAGUAUUUAGGAAGUUUAUUUAAUGAACAUGUCUAUAGAAAUUC